GCCCGGCCGCCCCCGGCACCUUCCUUCCCUCUUUCCUUACCUUCCUCCUGACUUUCAGCCCCGAGCGCUCCGGACCGCGCCGGCGACAUGGGUGGAAAAACUACCGGCAAGUCGGUGCUCUGCUUUGGCUUCCCUUUGAGCAUUUUCUUCAUCGUCAUCAAUGAGUUCUGCGAGAGGUUCUCCUACUAUGGCAUGAAAACUGUGCUCACUUUGUAUUUCACACGUUUCCUACACUGGGAAGACAACUUUGCCACUGCCAUCUACCACACAUUUGUUGCUCUGUGUUACUUGACGCCGAUCCUUGGAGCAAUCAUUGCGGACUCUUGGCUGGGAAAGUUUAGGACCAUUCUUUACCUGUCCAUUGUCUAUGCGAUUGGGCAGGCAGUGCUGUCUGUGGGCUCCAUAAAUGACCUGACGGACCACAACCACGAUGGCACUCCUGAUACUAUAGCAGUGAACAUCGCUCUGUCCAUAGUUGGCUUGGUCCUUAUUGCCUUGGGUACUGGUGGGAUCAAACCAUGUGUGUCAGCAUUUGGUGGAGAUCAGUUUGAAGACGAUCAGGAAAAGCAAAGAAGUACCUUCUUCUCUCUCUUUUAUUUGUCCAUUAAUGCUGGAAGUCUCUUAUCUACUUUAGUCACUCCAACUAUCAGAGCUUCAGAGUGUGGCAUUCAUACCAAACAGGAAUGUUACCCGCUUGCUUUUGGAGUUCCUGCUAUCCUCAUGGCUGUUGCCUUGGUUGUGUUUGUAAUUGGAAGCAAAAUGUACAAGAAAGCUAAACCACAAGGAAAUGUAAUGCUUGAAGUUUCCGAAUGUGUUGGAUUUGCCAUCAAAAACAGGUUUCAACAUCUUGGCAAGGAGUUCCCCAAGAGAGAGCACUGGCUGGACUGGGCAAGUGAGAAGUAUGAUAAACGACUGAUUGCUCAGAUAAAGAUGGUGUUGAAGGUGCUUUUCCUUUACAUCCCUCUUCCCAUGUUCUGGGCAGUUUUUGACCAGCAGGGGUCAAGAUGGACACUGCAAGCCACAGCAAUGAAUGGGGAUUUUGGUUUUCAAAUUCAACCAGACCAAAUGCAGAUUGUGAAUCCCAUCCUGAUUGUUAUAAUGGUCCCAGUUGUAGAUUCUUUGGUUUAUCCUUUAAUCAAGAAAUGCAAGCUGAAUUUUACGCCCCUGAAGAAGAUGACUGUGGGCAUGUUCCUUGGCUCUAUGGCUUUUGUUGCUGCUGCCCUUGUGCAAGUGCAAAUAGAUAAAAGCUAUCCAGUUUUCCCUGCAGCUGGGCAAGCUCAAAUUAAGUUAAUAAAUCUGGGUUCUGUUCCUGCAACAGUUCAGUUCCAGCCUCAACUUCAGAGUGUGGAUGUAGCACCUAAUAAGGAGACUGGCUACAUGACAUUUGAGACUUCUAAACUGGAAUCAUUAAACAUAGCUUCUGGAACUCUAAAUAAAACUAAGUCUUUGGAUCUGAUAGAGAAACAACGCUACACUUUCGCAUUUAAAUGGGAUCCAGCAAAGAUCAGUUACAAUUUGAUAGAGGACAAUAUCACAGCAAAACCAGCAGAUGGAAAAAGUCUCGUCAGGUUCAUAAACAAUUCCAAUUUUACUGUCAAUGUUACUAUGGGUGACAUGGCUUUUGGAGAGCUGCAACCUCUUUCUGUCAGUAAUUACAGCGUCAUUUCAAAUCCAGGCUGGUCAUAUACCAUUAAUGCUUCAAUGCCUAACACUUGUACAGUUGAUUCAAAGGAAUUUGGAUAUGGUGCUGCCUAUACCAUUUCACUUGAUGAUUGUGUUGGAAAAAAACUUAUCAUUACACACUUUGAAGAUAUUGCACCAAAUACGGUCCAUAUGGCUUGGCAGAUCCCUCAGUAUUUUCUUCUUACAUGUGCAGAAGUACUGUUCUCUGUCACUGGGCUGGAAUUUUCAUACUCACAGGCCCCAUCUAACAUGAAGUCAGUGCUGCAGGCAGGAUGGCUGCUGACUGUGGCUGUUGGUAACAUAAUUGUCCUUAUUGUGGCUGGGGCAUCUGCAAUCAAAAAGCAGUGGGCAGAGUAUGUGCUGUUUGCUGCCCUGCUGUUGGUAGUUUGCGUCAUUUUUGCUAUCAUGGCUUCUUUUUAUACCUAUAUUGAUCCAAAUGAGAUUGAAGCCCAGUUCAGCAAGGAAGAAAAGGAAGAAAAGAAGGCUCGAGAUGGCAAUGAAAAGGAAGCUGAAACUGAUUCUCGACUGUAAAGGAGUAUUCAAGGAGUGUUUGUAAAUAAUGGAAAUUCCAUGCGCUGUCCUGCAGUCAGAGGAAUCAGGGUAUCAGUUAUAACACCUCUGGAUUACAUGUCUUGUGGGAGACAUUAAGCAAGACUGUUUUAACUUAAAGUGCAGCCUCUCUAGGGAAGCAAUAGGAAAAUAUUAGUCUCUCUCUUGUACUGAAUGUGGUAUCCUGAAGAAACUCCAGCAGAAGCUGCACUCUUAAUGCUCCUCAAUCUUAAAUAUUAUAGCAUUAUAAUAUUGAAAUUAGACUUGGAACUAUUGGACCCUUUGAAAAGAUAUAUUUUUAUACUGUAUUUCAAUUUUGUAUCAUGAAAGAAACAAGACUUGUGAAGAAACAGCAACUGAAGCCAAGCUCUCUGCACGAUCUCCCUAGCAUCACUGUUACUUGAAAACAGCAGGUCACAUGUGCCUUAAAUUCCUUAUAGAGAAUGGGAGCAAAGCUCUGGCAGUGAUCAGAUGAAAAUGUUGUCUGUGUUCCAAGUGGCAGUAACUUGGAUCUGUUCUGUAACAUAAUGCGUUAUCUGCCUGUUAACUACCCAUUUAACUCCUGUUAUGUCUUUAGUUAAUAUUAGAAGUCCUCACUCUGGUAAAGUGAUAACAGCAAAUAGCAAAUGACCUUUGGAACAAGCAAGAGCAAUAAAACUUACAUAAUAACAAAAUAA